UUCUGAACAAGAUGAGGGACCUCCUCGGGUUUGCGAUUUUGGCUACGUGUCUGACUGUCUGUUUGGCGAAUUGUCAGCCAGGACUGAAUGGGCUUGAUAAUUGGUACCAAUGCGAGGGGCUGAACGAUUUGAACUUACAGAUUCCAUCAGGAGCUGCUGGAAUCAACAUUAUCAACUCAAACACCAGUAAAAUAAAUGCAGAUGCUUUUUCCAAAUUCUCUGAUUCUCUCAUAGAGUUAAAUAUAACCGGAUGCGGGGUAGCAGAGAUAGAGCCCAAUGCAUUUAGAGGUCUCUCGAAAUUACAAGUGCUCGGUUUGGUCAACAACAAAAUUCGAAAAAUCGAUGCUUCUUGGAUCAAGGAUCUGCCAAAUCUGAGAGAAUUGAUCCUAUGGCGUAAUCGCAUCACCGAUAUUGAUCCUUCCUUCUACGAUCUUCUACCCGAACUGAAAGUCUGGGAUAUCGCGUACAAUGAUUUGAACGCGUGCCUGUCCCCGGAUCUACUGAAGAAGCUGAAGAAACUCCGAAGAAUUUUAAUCGCCGGCAAUCCCUGGUCUUAUCGGUGUCGCUCCUCGAUGACCUGGUACCUCGGCAGCAACCACAUUCGUUUCAUCAAGGAUUGGAGCAUCAGUGAUUUAUUGAUCGAAGAAUGCUUGGCUCACGAACCGGGCGCGGAUACGAGUGAUACAAUUUUAAACACAUGCGUCGAUCGCAAAGUGGGAUCCUCCGAUACGUUACCAUACAGCGUAGCUGGAUUAAACGAACAAGUUCGUGAAUUAACCAAAAAGGUUUCUGAUUUGCGAGCUGAUGUUGACUUGCUGAAGAAAGCUAAACAGUGAUCGUACAAUUUAACCAUUGCUUCUCGCUUUAGCUAUUGCAAACUUGCAAAUCUAUGUAUCAGCUUGAGGACGCUAUGCUUUUGAAACUUUAUUAUGUAAUUUUGUAAUACUUUGAGUAAUAAAUAUUAUAAACUCAUUAUCAA